ACGAUCGCCACAUGUGGGGAGUGUGUCGUGCUCGACGAACGCAGCAGCAGCACAACAGCAAAUCAAGUGGCGAACCCGCACGCAGCAGCAGCUUUUUGUUUUCGUGUGUGUUUAUCGCAGUGACAUUUUAAGUUUGUCCCCAGUUCCCGUUCCAGUUCCAGUUCGAGUUUCAAUUCGAUUUGUGGUCAGGCUGAGGACCAUGAUGUUGUUGCCCAGAGAUCUAACGGGUCUCUCGGGUGUGCUCGGCGCAGUCUGUCUGUUAGCCAGCGUUGUGUCCUUUGUUAAUGCGGAAAAGGAGUGCAAUACGACGCUGUGCGACUGCAAAGGCAUCAAAGGACGCAUUGGCGGCUAUGGGUUGAAGGGCGUGCCCGGUCGUGAGGGAUCGCCCGGCGAUACGGGUCCAGCUGGACCGCCUGGACGUGUCGGCGAAAAGGGCGACUUCGGUGAAUACGGCGAAACAGGUGAAAAGGGACAUCGCGGUGACACUGGCUAUCAAGGCAAGGAUGGCUUGCCAGGCGCUCCCGGCUUUCCUGGUGAUGAUGGAACCGCCGGACCACGUGGUAUCGAUGGCUGCGACGGUCGUCCCGGCGCACAGGGCAUAACUGGCAGGCCGGGCGAGAAUGGUGCGCGUGGCCCUAUGGGCAAGACAGGGUCACCUGGUGAAACUGGCGAUGCUGGCGAGGGUGGCAUCAACUCCAAGGGUACCAAGGGUAAUAGCGGCGUGCGUGGAUUAGAUGGCGCUGAUGGUCAGCCUGGUUUUCCCGGCCCUACCGGCUACAAAGGCGACAUUGGUUUCGCUGGCGCUGAGGGCCGCAAGGGUGAACAGGGCCCACAGGGCUACAAGGGUGAGAUGGGUAUGCCGGAGAGCUAUCCAAUGCUGGUAGGCGUCGUGGGUGACAAAGGUGAGCCUGGCGAGGGUGAGCCUGGAGCUUUGCGCUAUGAUGAAACCCUCAAGGGCUACAAGGGCUUUGCUGGACCAAGAGGUGAGCGAGGUCCGCCCGGCAUGGUUGGCGAACCGGGACCAGUUGGACGCAGCGGCCUGCCAGGCGCCAGAGGUGAAACCGGCGAGCGUGGAGAGCGUGGCAAGCCCGGUCAUGAUGGCGUACAAGGCAAACCCGGUGAAAAGGGCGUGAAAGGCUCACCCGGUUACAGUGGCGAGAAUGGCGAAGGGGGCCGACCAGGCGAGCGCGGUGAGGAUGGCUUCGAUGGCACGCCCGGUGUUCAGGGACCCGAGGGUCCUCCAGGUAUCUACGACCCUACCUUGGAUAAGUCGCUGCCCGGCCCGACUGGACCACAAGGCGACAUUGGACCAGAUGGCAAGCCCGGCUUGAAUGGUAUACCUGGUAAACAAGGACGUCGUGGCCCACAUGGACCACCCGGGCCACCCGGUGAUGAAGGUCUAAGUGGCAAUCGCGGACCACCGGGACGCAGUGAGAAGGGCGAACAAGGAGACUACGGCUUGAUGGGUCCACCCGGUCCACAAGGUCCACCCGGCGUGGCGGGACCUCCCGGUCGCACAGGUUUCCAUGGCAAUCCUGGACUCGACCUCUACGGACCGAAAGGUCAAGCUGGACAGAAUGGAAUACCCGGGGCCGAUGGCUAUCGCGGAGAUCGUGGAGAAGUCGGCUUGACUGGUGACAAGGGUUUGCCCGGUGAAGGUUUGAAUAUUGUUGGCCCGCCCGGCUCACAGGGUCCACCUGGCAAACGUGGCAGGCCCGGUGUAGAUGGUGCACCCGGCUUCCGAGGAUAUCCUGGUGACAAGGGCAUACGAGGUGAUGAUUGUGGCAUUUGUCAUGCCGGACCACGUGGCAUCAAGGGCGUAAUAGGCGAUGCUGGCUAUCCAGGCGAACACGGUGCACGCGGCAUGGCUGGCAUCACGGGCGCUAGAGGACCCAAGGGUAUUCGUGGUAAGCCUGGUCCACCUGGCUAUAGAGGCAUCAGAGGCUCAGCUGGUAUUCCUGGUGAGGUGGGUCGCCCCGGCAAGCAAGGUCCACCCGGCCGCAUCGAGUACACCGGCAGCUUGAGAGAGAAGGAAAAGGGUGACGAUGGCGACAAUGGCCGACGCGGUGAUCAAGGUCCACAGGGUGAUCGGGGAGAGGAUGGUUUGAAUGGCUUACCCGGAGCUAAGGGUGAGCCCGGUCUUCGUGGCGACUUCGGUGAUGCAGGACGUCCCGGCUUGGACGGACUACCAGGUAUUGAUGGACGCGAUGGUAAGCCAGGAACUCCACCAUCCACGCCAAAGUUCUAUUUAACCGGCGAACCCGGCUACAACGGUAAUAAGGGCGCCCGUGGUGACGAUGGCAGCACUGGCUUUAAGGGCGACAAGGGUGAGCCGCAUCCUGGUGAAAUAAUUGAGAACCGUGGCGAGCCUGGUGAUGUGGGAUUUCCGGGAGAGCCUGGCUUCCGCGGACCCAAGGGAGAGACUGGCGAGCCGGGCCUGAAGGGCAUUGUCGGCGAUAUGGGAAUACCCGGUGAAGUCUUCGUUGGAUUACCUGGAGCCAAGGGCUAUAAGGGCGAGAAUGGUGACUAUGGUCCACAUGGUAUGCCCGGUAAGCCGGGAAGAGAUGGUGAGCCGGGUUUUCCAGGCUUGAAUGGCCAAAAGGGCUUACGUGGCGAGCCGGGUCAAUACAUUCUUCCCGGAGAAAUUGGCGUUCCCGGCCGACCAGGCAUCAAGGGCAUCAUUGGAGACGAAGGACCCAUAGGUUAUCCUGGUCCAAGGGGCCCACCCGGACCAAAGGGCAUCAAGGGAGUUAUUGGUGACGAUGGCCUCGAAGGCCUUAAAGGUCUGCCCGGUAACAAGGGACAGCGUGGUGAGAUUAUCGUGGGACUCCCAGGACGACAGGGCGAACCUGGUCGUCCUGGCAGCAUUGCCCUACAUGGCAUCAAAGGUCAAAAGGGUGAGGUUGGCUAUCGUGGACAAGUAGGCCAGAAUGGCGCCAAGGGCAGCAUUGGAUUCCCAGGUCGUCGCGGUCCCAUUGGUGAUGCAGGUGUACCUGGAUUCCCUGGCGAACCAGGACCCUCCGGCCUGACUGGCAUACCCGGCGAGCAGGGCGAACGGGGAGACAUUGGAUUUGACGGACGCAUUGGAGAUUUGGGUCCACGCGGUGCUGUCGGCGAGUUUGGACUUAAAGGUCUGGAAGGAGAGAUUGGCACCUUUGGUUAUCCGGGAAUCCCGGGUGUACCCGGCCAGAAGGGCGAGCAAGGCGAUCAAGGUGUACCCGGACGUAGGGGCGCUAAGGGUGUCUCCGCUUACAGCGGUAUCAAGGGUGAUCAGGGCGACGCCGGCUGGAAUGGACCUCCGGGUUACAAUGGACCCAUCGGCUUUAAGGGCGAACGUGGUGAGCCAGGUGAUUCAAUGCCCGCUUCGGAUGGCUUACCAGGCCUAAAAGGCGAGGUGGGUGCGCCUGGUCGCAAUGGAUUACCCGGCUUGCACGGCCUGAAAGGUCAACGUGGUGACAUUGGAUACACUGGUCAGCCAGGAAUCAUUGGUGAUCAAGGCAGUGAUGGCCCAAAUGGAUAUCCCGGACGCAAUGGCCUUAACGGUCUCAAGGGUGAGGCCGGAGAAUUAGGCAUCCCUGGUUUAUCUGGAGAAUUUGGAGAUAUUGGCGAUGUCGGCUAUCCUGGUGCACCUGGAAUACAGGGCGACGAAGGACUAGCGGGAGAAUAUGGUCAAAUUGGCGACAGAGGCGAAAUCGGAGAACGUGGUGAGAUCGGAGAUUCUGGUGAAGUGCUCUAUAUUGGCUCCCAAACUGAUAUGCGCGGCCAGCCUGGAGAUAAUGGAUUGAGGGGCGAGCAAGGUGUGACGGGCAUGCCCGGCAUAACCGGUGACAUUGGCUUUCCUGGUGAACGUGGACAGCAGGGUGAUAUCGGAUUCGGGGGUCGUGCUGGCUUUGACGGCAUACCGGGUCCCAAAGGUGUGCAGGGAGACAAGGGCUUGCGAGGUUUGCCCGGAGAACGACUUAUUGCCGAACGUGGUGAGGAGGGUGACGUUGGCUACGAUGGCUUGCCCGGACGUCCGGGUGACUUUGGCCAGAAGGGUGCACCUGGUGAGCAGGGUGAAUACGGCUUGAAUGGAGCUCAAGGACCACAGGGACCAAUGCUCAUUGGACCUCAAGGUCCGCCUGGAGAUUUCGGCUAUCAAGGCGUAGCUGGACGCAAUGGCAUGCAUGGCUUAAGAGGCAGGAAAGGAGAGCGCGGCGACAUGGGCCGCAAAGGUGACAUUGGUGAAACCGGCUUUUCAAUCUGGGGCCAACAGGGUGACAUAGGCGACAGAGGCGAACAAGGUGAGCUGGGCAGGAAUGGCUUAAAGGGCGAGCAAGGCCUCAGUGGACGGCCCGGUCGCACUGGCUAUGUCGGCCUACGCGGACCACGUGGCCCCACCGGCGAUGCAGGCUGGAGUGGCAUCGAUGGCGUUGAUGGUCUGUCAGGCGAAAAGGGUGAACCCGGUGUCACCUAUUCGUACACGUAUGCCCGACCCGGCGAUCGUGGCGAACCCGGCUUGGAUGGCUUCAAGGGUGAACGAGGUGAUGUUGGAGCCACUGGUCUGUAUGGUGAAGCGGGUCUCCGUGGCGUGGUUGGCUAUCGUGGAGAUAAUGGCGAGAUGGGCUACCAAGGACCAGAUGGCGUCCAAGGACAACGCGGUGACAUCGGCGAAACGGGUCUAACGGGACGUGUGGGUCUACGCGGCCAGCCCGGCCCACAAGGUGACCCCGCUCCACCACCACCCCCGCCCAAGAGCCGUGGCUUCAUCUUCACCCGACACUCACAGUCCGUGAAUAUACCCGUCUGCCCGGCCAAUACGAACAUGCUGUGGGAGGGCUACUCGCUUUCUGGCAACGUGGCCAGCAGUCGCGCUGUCGGCCAGGACUUGGGACAGUCCGGAUCUUGCCUCAUGCGCUUUACUACCAUGCCCUACAUGUUAUGUGACUUUAACAACGUUUGCAACUAUGCUCAGAACAACGACGAUAGCUUGUGGCUAUCCACAGCAGAGCCCAUGCCCAUGUCCAUGACGCCGAUUCAGUCCAAUGACCUCAUGAAGUACAUCUCCCGCUGUGUCGUUUGCGAGACAUCGACGCGCGUGAUUGCCCUGCAUUCGCAGUCCAUGUCCAUUCCAGAUUGUCCAGGUGGCUGGGAAGAGAUGUGGACAGGCUUCAGUUACUACAUGACUACCUUGGAUAACACGGGCGGCGUUGGCCAAAACUUGGUCUCACCCGGCUCCUGCUUGGAGGAAUUCCGUGCCAAUCCUGUCAUUGAAUGCCAUGGCCAUGGACGUUGCAAUUACUACGAUGCCUUGGCCUCUUUCUGGCUAGCUGUUAUCGAGCAACAGGAUCAGUUCCUGCAGCCACGCCAGCAAACCCUGAAGGCAGAUCAGACCAGCAAAAUCAGCAGAUGUACUGUGUGCCGUCGUCGGGGCGACAGCUUCUACACUGUCAAGCGGACUUCUGCUACCUACUCCAGCUAUAGCUCCGGCUCCAACUCUGCCUCCAAUUCAGGCUUCAACUCGGGCUCCAGCUCAGGCUCUAACUCGGGCUACAACACUGGCUCCAAUUCUGGCUCCAAUUCUGGCUCCAGCUCGCGCUUCGGCUGGCGCUCCAAUCAGGGCGCAGAUUACAACUCGGGCGCAGGCUCUCGAUCGGGCGGUGCAGGUUACGGUUCAAACUCUGCCUCCGGCUCCAAACCCGUCUUUAGCUCGAGCUCGUGGUCAUCGCCUUCAACGGGAGGCAGACAACCAGCGCAAAACUCCUACAACACAUGGUCAGGCGGCUAUCCGGCAGCGGAAUAUCGUACGCAACCGCAAACAUCGCGUCAGUCACAGCCACAGCCACUGCCGCCACCGGGCCAAUACAAUCGUCAGCAAACUUACCGCAAUCCAUAUCAAUAUGGCGGCACGCGCCAAUAUCGUCGCUAUCCACGCGAUGACACCUACGCUCCUUAGAUCCACAGCUCCGAUUACGUACUAAGUAGCAGUAAAAUAAUAAAUAAUUAUGUCUAAGUCGCUAACAGUACCCCAAAUAGAACGAGAUAACAAAAUCCCUGCGCAGUGCCAUUUUUCGAAGGUUCGCUGGGUAAAGAUCAGCAAAUCGAAUCGAAUAAAACAAUAAAGUCUACAGAUUAUUUGUCUAUCGAGCGGAGGCAAAGCUACUAUAACAAUCCACUGCCCCAAUAUGUAAUUCAGUUCUUUUUUGUCUGUAGGGAUUACAACUUAACACACACACAUACACAAACACACAUACACAAAGCGAAACAGA